AUGGUCAAGAAGACCAACUCCGACGCCACCGACUUCGACAACCAGGUGGCCAGCCUGGACAUGGCCCUCGAGCUCGACGACGAGGGGGACGUCUUCAUCGCGCAGCGCGAGUUUUGGGCGCGCCUCCGGACCCGUCUCUCCGUCAACAAUGCGUCCCAGGGGCUAGACGUCCUGGACGCCAUGGCCAUGGACGUCCUGUCGGGUGGCGACGCGCGCCGCCUGAACCAGAUUCUCGUGAUCCUGCCGCACCCCGACCAGAUGCAGGCCGGCGAGCCUGCCGAGCACUCCGUCCUGUCGAUCCCGCUGCCGGCGUUGGUGUCCAUGCCGGAGCCGCCGUCGAAGAAGAAGCAGAAGGCCGCGACCAAGAAGAAGGCCAAGGCCUACGACUUCCGCUUGCCUGCCUCGGCGCCAGCGCGUUCGAAGCUCGACCUGGCCGCGCUCGCACAGCGCCCCUUCAGCAGGGGCCUCGCUCCGUUCCGUCUCGCUUACCCCUGGCGCAAGCAACGCUGCUGGUACCCGCCUUCGGAGUUCCGCGAACUGCACCUCCUCCACUACCGUGCCAACAUGCGCUCCCGCGAGUUGUAUCUCCAGGUGGCGCUGUACGCGCCCUCCACGAACCCCGACCAGUGGCGCAAGGACAAGAUGAACGCGUGUCUAGCACGCAACGAGCUCAUCAGCUACAACGUGGAGGAGCGCGGGUACUUCGACUUCCUCAACGACUUCGAGAACAGCGCCCACGACACGCUCCUGUGGUUGGGCGGCAGGGCGGCCAAGCACUCGGGCAAGGGCAAAGCGCUGGAGGACCUCGGCGUUGUCCUGAGCAAGGACAAGACCCUCUACGAGCGGACCAUCGAGCGCGCCCUCGACCCCAAGAUCGUCGAUGAGGACGGCUACGCGUCGAUCCCUGAGCUGCUCGAGGAGGCCGAGCUCAUCGACACUACGCGCCCGGCGCACCUGCGCCUCUCCGACCGAGCGCUGGCGCGCAUCAAGCUGGAUGUCCUCACCGGCCCGGCGCCCGUGCCCUCAUGGGUGGGCAACCGCAACCGAGGACCAUGGAAGGCUCUCCUCUCAGACACGUCCCUUCAAGACACGGUCAAGGAGGUGGCCGAGCUCUUGGAGUUGGGCCUGAAGGUUGCCGUGUACAACAACUUGAAGCCGUUCAACCCCGACGAGCAAGGCGACGACGACUCCGACUUCGAGGACGAGGACGAGGACGGUGUCUUCACGGCGUUGCCUCCGACGCCUCCCGUGCUGUUCCGAGCUCCAGCCGCCAAGCAGCGAGCGGCCACUCCGUCCAAGCCAGGGGUUCCGGUUUCUCGCUCCAGCAAGUCGGGCGAGGCCGAAGACUCCAGCGACGACAAGAAGAAGCCGGCGGCCAAGGAUGAUAGCGACGAGGACGACAAGGCCCAACCCAAGACCACCAAGGCCCCGGUCGCGGCCAAAGAGACGCUGCCGGGCGUGGAAGCAGACGACGACGGCGAGUUGGCGAGCGAGCCUCCAACCAAGAAGCUCAAGUCGCGUUCCGCAAGCGUCGACAAGGCCAAGUGA